AUCACCAUUCCUUUGAUCAGCCUUCCGUCAAUCCCUGUCACUCAUUUCCUCAAUCAACCCCCCCUCUCUCUCUCUCUCUCUUUGUUCGAGGCUCGGGCGGGGACAUGAACCGGAUGAUUAAUCGGCUGGUGCAUUUUAUCCUCUAGCCUUGCUGUGCUCCAGUGGUGUGUGUGUGUGUGUGAGUGAGAGAGAGUGGUUGGGGAGGGGGGGGGGGUUAUGAUCAGUAAGAGCUCGCAAGCAUUGCACAAAGCCAAAAAAAAGCAAGGGACGGGGUGUGCUGGGGGGAUUAAAAAGCAGACCCCACGGCCCCCCCUCCAUCCUAAUGCAACCCGUGUAGACAGCAGCAUCCGUCCCUCCUGAGCUGGACAUGCCGGGGAUGAAGAAAGCAGCGGACAAGGAGGGCACCGAGGGGGACAAACGACCUCAGCCCGAGAAGGAGAUGGAAGAGGCGACUGAGAACCGGGCGGCCACCGCUGGAGUCCUGGAUAAACUAUUCGGCAAAAGCUUCCUCCAGGCAGGUCGCUACAUCAUGUCCCACAAAUCAUGGAUGAAGACAGUUCCGACUGAGAAUUGUGAUGUACUGAUGACAUUUCCAGAUACAACAGAUGACCACACGUUGCUAUGGCUGCUGAAUCACAUCCGGCUGGGAAUCCCGGAGCUGAUCAUUCAGAUUCGGCAUCACAAGCACACCAGUGUUUAUGCAUUCUUCGUCACAGCCACUUAUGAGAACCUGCUACGAGGAGCUGAGGAGAUGGGUCUGCGUAAACCAGUGAAGCAGGAGUUUGGUGGAGGGACGAGGGUGUUGUGUUGUGACGAGGAUUACAUCUACGAAAACAUUGAAAAUGAAAUCUAUUUCUUCACUUCUCAGGAACGACAGAGUAUUAUUAGGCACUGGCUGGAUAACCUGCGAGCCAAGCAGGGGGAGAGUCUGCACAACAUCCACUUCCUGGAGGGGCAGCCAAUCAUUGCAGAGCUCAUGACUCGAGGGAUCAUCCAGCAAGUCCUCCCCCUCCACGAGCAGCGAAUGCUUAACCGCCUAGUGAAGUCGUGGGUUCAGGCCGUCUGUGAGUCGCAGCCAGUAGACGAAAUCUGUGACUAUUUUGGGGUUAAAAUAGCAAUGUAUUUCUCGUGGCUCGGGUACUACACGUGGUGCAUGAUCUACCCAGCUGUGAUCGGUUUUGGACUCUGGGCAUUUACAGAGUCUGACCAGACAAGCCGUGAUGUGAUCUGUGUGGUCUUUGCCCUGUUUAAUGUUGUGUGGACCACCUUGUUUCUGGAGGGUUGGAAACGUCAGAGCGCAGAGCUGGCCUACAGGUGGGGCACAUUGGAUCGACCAGCAGAGCUCAUCGAGGAGCCCAGGUCCCAGUUCAGGGGUGUCAAACGAGUCAGUCCAGUUACGGGUUGUGAGGACUUCUAUUACUCGCCAUGGAAGAGGAGGUUGUUCCAGUACUUUGUCAGUCUUCCUGUCUGUCUCUUCUGUCUCUGCAUUGUUUUCCUGAUCAUGUUAAUCUGCUUUGAGCUGCAGGAAUUUGUGAUUAGUGUCGAAGAACUGCCUUGGAUUGUUACCUACUUUCCUAAAGUCUUACUGGCGGUUGUGGUUACAGUUCUUGAUGAUGUUUACAAGAAAAUUGCCUAUUGGUUAAAUGACAUGGAGAAUUACCGUUUACAGAGUGCCUAUGAGAAACACCUCAUCAUUAAACUAGUUUUGUUUCAGUUUGUAAAUUCCUAUCUCAGCCUUUUCUACAUUGGAUUCUACCUCAAAGACAUGGAGCGUCUCAAGGAGAUGUUGGCCACGCUUCUGAUCACCAGACAGAUUAUCUUGAACAUGAAGGAGGUUCUGCAGCCACUCUUCUAUGAGAAGUACAAGCAGGGAGACCUCACACUUCAAGCGCUGGCCAGCACCCUGAGGAAUCUGUUCAAACGCCUUCCUAACCGGUUCAGAGGGGAAGGGGCACCUCCCGAGGACUCAGUCGAGCAGGAUCCUGCAGAGGUGGACAUUGACCGGGGCAAUGAGAGAGGGGAAAGCAAGUGUGAGAACGGGGCGUGUGGAGCACCCGAGGAAGAGGAGGAGCAGAGGGAUGAGGACGGGGAUGAGGAGAGCAUCCUGGAUUGCGGGCUCCGGCUCUCCAAGAAGGUGAGCUUCGCCGGGGGUGGCCAGGGCCCAGCCAAGGAGGAGAGGAGCUGUGAGAUGGAGGGGAUCCUGGAAGGAAUGCUGAUGGAGGAGGGCAGCCCCAUCCUGGUGGAGAGGGGGGCCGAGGGUGGACUCGUGUUUGAGUUGUGUGAGCAUGAUGCAAAGAUCGAGGCAGACUACAGCCACAUUGCAGAGGAGAACAAAGAGCUGAGUGUCACGCUGAGACAGAGGAGGAAGGACAAGAGCACAGAGCAAGGGGAGGACACCGAAUCUACAGCCAACAGGCUGUCCUGGAUGGACCCACCAGACGAUUAUGAAGAUGCCCCACUUACACAAGGAGAAAUUGAGAGUUGCAUGCAGAAAUAUGAGGACACUUUCCAGGAUUACCAGGAGAUGUUCAUCCAGUUUGGGUACGUGGUACUGUUCUCCUCCGCCUUCCCCCUUGCUGCGAUGUGUGCCCUCAUCAACAAUGUAAUCGAGAUCCGCAGUGACGCCUUCAAACUGUGCACGGGAUCCCAGCGGCCCUUUGGCCAGAGGGUGGACAGUAUUGGCCAGUGGCAGAAUGUGAUGGAGGCCAUGGGAGUGCUCGCCAUCAUCGUCAACUGCUAUCUGAUUGGUCAGUGUGGACAGUUGCAACGCCUAUUCCCAUCGCUCAGCUCAGAGAUGGCUAUUGUCCUCGUGGUCAUUCUGGAGCACUUUGCUUUCCUCCUGAAGUACGUGCUCCAGAUUGCUAUCCCCGAUGUUCCCGCCUGGGUGGCCGAGGAAAUGGCAAAGCUGGAAUAUCAGCGACGGGAGGCUUUUAAGAAACACGAACGCCAGGCGCAGCAGCGGUACCAGCAGCAGCAGCGGCGGCGGCGGGAGGAGGAGAAGCAGCGGCAGGAGCAGCGGGAGAGCGCGCAGAGCCGGCGGGAGCGGGAGGCGGGCCGGGAGGAAGGCCGAGUCGGCACCGCGCCCUCCGACCCGUCCCAGGGCCGCUCCGGGGGCAGGGCCAAGGCAGCGCCGCCCACCGACAAGCCCAAGCGGCCCAGCUCGCUGCUGGCGUCCAACAACGUGCUGAAGCUGAAGCAGAUCAUCCCUCUGCAGGGCAAGUUCCUCUCGGGGGCCGGUGGCGGGGGCACGGCGGGCGGUGCGGGGGCCAAGUCCCCCCAGUCUCCCACCGGCAGCGAGAGCAAGCUGCCCGGCUUCCUCACCUUCAGGUUCCUGAAAUCGCCGGCGGACGGGCGGAAGGAAGGCGCGGCCGAGAAGGUGCAGUCGCCCACCAAGCCCUUCAACCCGGGCAAACUCUUCAACUUCGGCAAGUCCGACUCCAGCGGCAACGGCGCCGCCCCGACCCAGCCCAAGGCGGCCGGGGGAGCCCCCGCGGAAGGCGGCGACAAAGCCCCCGCCAGCAGGUCAGACCUGAACGGGCUGCCGGAGGAGACCAGCGCCCCUGCCCCGGAGUCCUCCACCAGCCCCAAGCGUUAACUCAGCCCCAAGGCGUUGUAGCCAGCUGGAGGCGUUUGAAAAGUUUCCCCUUCUCUCGUUAUUACUUUGUACAAACAAUAAUAUUCAGGGAUAGAAAUCUGUGUUUGAUAAACAGAAUUCUCAUCAUCUUCAGGUUUUUAUACAACAUGGUUGGGGAUAGACCCUUGAUUUACCAACACUGCAGUCUUUGCUUUUUUUUAAGUUGUCGGGGGGGGGGGGGGGGCAGUGAGGACUUUUAUGUCAACCUUCCCGUCCUGGCAGGUCAUGGUAACACGAGGGACACGAUUAAUCAGUUACAAGCCAGCUCUUACUUUGCAAUAUUCUCGCAAAACUCGCAGUGAACCCGUCCAAGUCCAGUUGUAAAAAAAAUAUUGCAUUUGAACCCUUGUCACCAGUUCGAGGUACGGAACCGGUGUCGCUUCUGUAGAGCUUGUGGCCAGAGCUGUUAGAAAUUGGUCUCCCGGGUUUGCAAAGCCCGGCUGUCUGUCCGCUUCUGAGUAAUUAGAGCGAGUCAGAGGCAGGGUCCUGGAGAUUUCAGACGGCAGGGUGGGGAUUGGGACUGUGAGGAUUUUGUUUUCACGGAUGGGCAGCUGUUGGUAAACAAUGAAAUGAUUCGAUUGACGUUUGAAAGUCUGAGGAGGACCGACAGGAUGGAUGCUGAGAGGCUGUUUCCUUAGGCGGGAGAUUCUGAACCAAGGAAUAACCUCAGGGUAAGGAAUGUGUCAUUUAGGGGUGAGAUGCCAUUUCCUGUCUGAUGGUUGCAAAUCCUUAGAAUUCUCUGCUAUUGAGUGUUCCCCAAGCUGAGAGCAAAUGUUUUUAUACAUUGGGUACUGGACAGUGGAAUAGGUGUAAAGGAUUGACUGCAAUCUUGAAUGGCCGAGCAGGCUUGAAGGACUGAAUGGUCUCCUAUAUAUAUGUGGUGAUCUUACAAAUUAUAUUGUUUGUGACUGCAGGAGCAAAGGAUGAAAGGCUCAGGAGGCCCUUCUCCAGAGUGAGCUGUGCUCGACCAGGCUGUGAGGUGGACAGGAGGAGAGCCUUGGGUUGCUGGCUCCCAUUGGGUGUAUGCAAGUUCCAUAUCUUGUUUGCACACCUCCACACUCCAUUUUAUUCUUCCUGUAUCUGUCUCCAGUACUCACAUAACUGAUUGAUCGAAAGUGAUCAAAGAAUAUAAAGAAGAAAACCAACUUUUUUUUGAAAGGAUCCCCAUGCAGGACUUUUCUCCAUCUGCUGCAUGUCCUGGGGAUGGUUUAAAUUCUUGGACACUUCAGUGUUGUCGUUUUAGAGAGAAGGAAUACUGGGAUAAUUAAGGAAAUAGGUGGAUGGCUCAAUUCGAUGGAUCACACUUUGAGCAUGGCAGGCUGGUACUGAGAAUAACACAGGAAUGCUGUCCUUGGAACCGAACAUCAGGCUUUUCCAGUUAUGGUACCACCGCUAGGCAAAGAGGAAGCCAUUCUGUUGUGUUCAACACCGCUUAAACCGAACGGGAGCAGUGUCCUGGCAAAUCGGAUAACUAGUGCUGUAGACAUGGCUUUAAACAAAAAGAGGGAAGGGUUUAGGUGAAGGGAAAACUGAAUUUAAGGUGAAAGCUCAAGGCAUUCAGCAACUUGGGUAAUGGGAAGCAGUGUGUUAGUAAUUGUGCAUUAGCACAAACAAAACCGGGAAAAGUGUUGCACCUAAAUGCAAGGGCUAUUUGUAACAAGGUGGACAAGUUAAUGGUGCAAAUGAAGAUUAAUGAUUUUGAUCUAAUAGCCAUUACUGAGAUAUGGUCAUAUGGCAAUCCAGGUUGGGAAUUCCAGGAAGUUUUGUUUUAGGAAGUGGGAAGAGGGUGGGUAUGUCCUGAUUAAUAAAGGAUUUCGCAAAGGCAGUAGGGAGGAAUGAGCCGGCUCAGAAGAACAAUAAGUAGAAUCAGUGUAGUUGAGGCAAGAGAUAAAAAGGAACAGUAAACACAGGUGGGAAUAGUUACCAGGACGCAGAAUACCAGUUAUAUUUUGGAGAGUGAAAUGAUAAGAAGAGCUUGUAGAAAAGCUAAUACAGUAAUUGUGGAGGAAUGUGGACUGCAAAUUGAAGGAAAAUAUCAAAGAAUGGAUUUGGUUUAGUUUGCUAUAAUGAUAUGUCAUAUUAAGUCAACCAAGGAGGAUCCUGUUGUUGUGUCUCGUGUAAUGAGGGAUUGCCGAGGGAAAAAUAAUCAGAAUAUGAUAGAUUUUUUUCUUUUCCUUGAGUUUGGCAUUCAAGCCAGAGAUUUGAGCCUUGAACUUAAAGCUAGUUAUGUAGUUAUGCAGAAAAUGUGUAAAUCACUGAUUAGGCUUUAGCUAGAGAAUUGUGUGUGGUCUGGGCACCAUAUUUUAAGGAUGUCAAGAGCUUGAAGAGUGGUGUAGAGAUUUACUUGAAAUUUAGCAAGUGUGAUGGUUUGUUCUUGGAAAAGGGAAAGAUUUAAUAACAAGGUUUAUGUUUUGAUGGAUUUUGAUAGAUUAAAUAAUGACAAAAGAUUUCUGUGUUAGUUAAUACUCAUCACAGGUUUUAGAUAAUUUGCAAAGGAAAAACGUAUUCGAGAAUUUUUUCAUGGAGCGAGUUGUGAUCAGGAACAUGCUGCUUGAAAGGGCAAUGGAAGCAGAAUCAGUAGUAACUUCCAAAGUGAAUUGCAUAAAUACUUGAAAGGAAAAGUUUGCAAGGCUGUGGGGAAAGUCCAGGGUGAACAACUGAUCAGAGAAUACUUUCCAGAGUUGCCACAAACAUGAUAGGCAGAAUGUCCACCUAUUGUACUGAAUGACUGAGAAAUAUGUCCAGUGAAUCAGAAGCUUUAUUGUAGAAAAUCAAUUACAAAAUCAGAAAAAAUCAUUUAAUAGAAGAACCAUCAAAGAAAGUCACUGUGCCUGUU